AUGCCCGCAGGCGAAGCUCUAGACGACGACUACGUAAUCUCCCUCCUUGGCCGCGACGCCGAAGCCAACAAGAAGCGCUACACUACCUCCAGCUCUCUGCUCCCAUCUACUCGACCACGCAACGCCAAUGCUCCCAAACCUAACACGCGCUUCUUGAAGAAUCUGGUCAGGGAUACUGAUAGGCAUAACUCGGCGCUUAAGGCGAAGGAGGAAGAGGAUGCGCGGGAAAGGCUGAGGGGAUUGAGGAAGGAUGCGGGGGUGAAGAGGAUUAGAGAGGAUGACCAUGAGGAGAGAGGUGGGAGGGAAGGUAGAGGAGGAAAGCGGAGGAAAGGUGAGAGGGCAGGAAGAUGGGCUGGGGUGCUGAACGGCUUGGGGGAGAGGAAUGGCCGGAAGGAUGGGAGGCGUGCAGAGGCGAGGGCUGCUGAGAAAAACGAAGAGCGCCCGCAGAGGAGGCAGCGUAGUCGGGAGGACAGGGACGAGGGUGAGCGGCGGCUGAGGCAUGAUAGACGGCGCACUGGGGACGAGAAGCGGCGGUAUACCGAUCGCAAGGGCAAGCAACGAAGGAGAUCUACCUCGAGCGACUCCGCGAGAUCACGCUCUCCACGCAGACAACACAACAGCCGGGAAGGCGACAGACUGGGGCAACAAAAAGACUACGACUCAGACCCCCUACAAGACAUCAUCGGGCCCAAGCCAGCACCCAAGAUCCGCCCUCGCGGCCGCGGUGCAAACAACCCUAUCUCUUCAAUUGACGCCCGCUUCAACCCCUCCUACAACCCCAAAACUGACGUCGAGCUCUCCGACAACGACAGACAACGAGAUGACUGGGAUAUGGCGCUCGAAGCUUUACGUGAUAGGGCCAAAUGGCGUGUUCAAGGUGGCGAGCGAUUACGCGCUGCUGGGUUCUCCGAGGAGGAGGUUGGGAAAUGGGAGAAGAGCAGUGGGUUGCUUGGGCAGAGGGAUGAGGGUGGGGAGAAGGGGGUGGAGGAUAUGAGGUGGCGGAAGAAGGGGGAGGGGAGAGAGUGGGAUCGGGGGAAGGUUGCGGAUGGGAAGGGAAGGGUGGAUGUUAAGGCGGCGUGGGCCAGGUUGAAGUUGGAUUGA